AUGAAAUUUAUCUUCUGUUUGAGUGUCCUUGCUGGGACAAUUUUCCCCGCUCAAUCAUCCGUGCAGAAGGAAGAUCAUGCCCCCUAUUUGGUAUACCUCAAGUCUCACUUCAACCCCUGUGUGGGUGUCCUCAUCAAAAGCAGCUGGGUGCUGGCGCCUGCUCACUGCUACCUACCAAACCUGAGAGUGAUGCUGGGAAAUCUCAGGAUCAGAAUCAGAGAUGGGACAGAGCAGAUAAUUGACCCUAUCCAGAUUGUCCGCUACUGGAACUACAGUCAUAGUUCCCCCCAGGAUGACCUCAUGCUCAUUAGGCUGGCUAAGCCCGCCAUCCUCAACCAUAAAGUCCAGCCCAUUCCCCUCGCCACCAGCACCGUCAAGCCAGGCACCAUCUGUAUGCUUUCAGGCUUGGACUGGAGCCAAGACAACAGCGGCAGACACCCUGAUUUAAGGCAGAACCUGGAGGCCCCCAUGAUGUCUGAUGCAGACUGCCAGAAAACCGAACAAGGAAAAAGCCACAGAAACUCCAUAUGCGUUAAAUUUGUGAAAGUGCUCAGUCGAAUUUUUGGGGAGGUGGCCGUUGCUACUGUCAUCUGCAAAGGCAAGCUACAGGGGAUCGAGGUCGGACACUUCAGGGAAGGGGAUGUGGGCAUCUACACCAAUGUUCAGAAAUAUAUCACCUGGAUUGAGAACGUCACUAAAGACAAAUAA